CGCUGGGUUAGAGUGUUAUCAGAGAUAUUAUCUCUGGUGUUAUCAAUCAGUGCAGUUCUCCAGACGACAAGAUGGCAGAAAAUCAAGCAAUCCCGUCUACAAUUUCGGGACCCGUAUGUCCUGAGUCCGUCGACCCUCACAACUCCCUGGGUUUCACCCAACUCAACCAAGCUUGCUGGCUGGGCGACCUCGAGGAAGCCCAAUCCCUCCUAGAAGCCGGUGCCGACCCGAACAGUUGCAAUGGUAUGAACCACUACACUCCUCUCCACUCGAGUUCCUUCAAGGGCCAUCUCGCCAUUGUCAAACUGUUGAUUAAGUGGGACGCCGACAUUAACGCCCAGGAGGAUAGAAAUGGCUUCACGCCCUUGAAUAGUGCCAUCUGGAACGACCACCAAGACGUGGCCCUGUUUUUAAUCAAAAAGAAAGCCGAUCUCGCUAUCUGCAGCAACGACGGUUUCAGCCCUCUUAAUACAGCAGUGUGGGUUGGAAAUUUGGUGGUGGUACGAAAUCUGGUCGAGAAGGGGGCCGAUGUCAACUUUGCUAAUGUUGAUGGGUUCACUCCGUUGCAUGCCGCCGCCAAAAAGGGACAUUUGGAGAUUGCUGGCUUUUUGGUUAAAAAUGGAGCUAGACUGGAUGCUUUGGAUCGGUGGGGACGGGAUGUCAUCAAGGUUGCCGAAGAUAAUCAGAAUUGGCACCUCGUGAAGUUUUUUGAAUAUUUGGUGAACAACCACUGAAAAACGUACUCUGGAUGAUGGAUUUUUAUUAAUAAAGAGCAUUCAAUGGA